CGUGUAUUUGUGUGUGUAUCCGUCACGGACACCUGGGUUCUGUGUGUGUGUUUCCUGGACACCGGGGGGGGGUGUCUGUGUCACAGACACCUGGAGGUGGGUGUGCACAUUUCCUGCAUGCCUGGGUUCUGUGUGUGUGUGUGUGUGUGUGUGUGUGUGUUUUCCGAAUGCCUGGGUUCUGUGUGUGUGUGCAUCCUGGAUUCCCAGGUCGUGUGUGUGUGUCCUGGAUGCCUGGGUUGUGUGUGUGUAUCCAUCCAGGACACUUGGGUUGUGUGUGUCCGUGUCCUGAAUACCUGGGAGGGUGCGUGUCCAUGUGCCUAUCUGUCCCAGACAUCUGGGUUGUACGUGUUUCCUGGAUGCCUGGGUUCGUUCUGCGCGUGUGUCUUGGAUGCCUGUGUUGUGUGUGUAUGUGCACAGGUGUGUGUUCUGAAGGCCUGGGGUCUGUGUGUGGGUGGAGCUGGAGGGUUGAGGAUUGGGCUGAGCAGGCCAAUUUGGGGUUAAAGAUGUCUAUGAGAGCAAGGCAGGCUGGGUUCUAGGCUUGGGGGAAGCAGAAGGGACACGACCUGGGUUCAUGACCUCGGUUUUAGGCUCAGGAUGGCCAGGGCCACUCCCCCCCCUGCAGCCCCGGCCAAUUACUUUGUAGCUCCGUGCCUCAGUUUCCUUCUCUGCGCACGGGGGAAGAUGCUCCUCUCCCUCUCAUUCAGGCCAGGCUGUCCUGGGGCAGUAGCCAGUCCAGGACCUUGGAACGUGCCUGCGAGCCCUUGGCAACCGAAAGCCGGCUGCGUUUUGGGGCCAGCCCCUUUGGAGCACUUCUCUCUCCCCGACAGAGGUGCCUCAGCUCCCUCCUGCCGCGGGCGGGAGGGCAGCGCAGCCCAGUGCCCGCUGGGAGGGGACGGGUGAAUCAGAGGCCAGGACUCCAGGAACCCGCGUGGGUGGCACUGCGCCCCACCCCGCCCCGGGGCCUGUCAUCCUGGCGAGCCCCCAGCCGGCCCGGCCCAGAAGGAGGGGGCCUAAAGCCGUGCGGCUGGUUUGGGGAAGCCAUUAGCCAGGAGACAGAGCCUGGACUCGUUCUCCAGGGGCCUGGGCGUACUGAGGGCCCCGAGACGGGCCGCGAUGAGGUCCCACGACGAAUGGGCAUGCCUCGUAGCCGACCUCGCCAUGUUCAGCAAGAAAAAGAAGCGCCUGGAGAUUUCGGGCCCCUCCAACUUCGAGCACCGGGUGCACACGGGCUACGACCAGCAGGAGCAGAAGUUCACGGGGCUGCCACGCCAAUGGCAAGGCCUCAUCGAGGAGUCGGCCAAGCGGCCCAAGCCCCUCGUGGACCCCGCCUGCAUCACGGCCAUCCAGCAUGGCUCGCAGAAGGUAAAGAGCAUCGUGCGGGGGAACAAGCCCGCGCCCGACGGGUCCCUGGCCUGGCUGCUGGACGAGUUUGAGAACGUGUCCGUGUCGCGCUCCAACUCCCUGCGCCGGGACAGCCCCCCGCCCCCCGCUCGCCUGGACCCCCCCCGGCAGCCCAACGGCCUCAGCCUGGGCGAGGGAGCUCCCCGGGCCCACCCCGACCGCAGCCAGGAGCCCCCGGAGCGCAGCCGGCGCGGGGCCGGCGCGGCCCGCCCGCCCCCCCCUGAGUACCCCCGGCCCCGGGCGGGCGGGGAGCACCGGGGGCGGCGGGACGGGGCGGAGCGCCGGCCCCAUGCCCCGCGGGCGGGCGAGGGCAGCCCCCCGGCCCCCCGGGACAAGCGCCCACUCUCGGGGCCCGACAUGCGGACACCCCGGCUGCCCGCGGGGAACGGGGCGGCGAAGACGGCACAGCAGACGGGGCGGGGCUUCCACACCUACCCGCGGGCCGAGACCGACCCUGGCCGCAGCGCGGGUGCCCAGGCUGACCGCCGGCCCCAGGACACAGCCUCCAAUGGGCCCCUCGGUGGGUCCUCCCAGCCCCGCGCUGGGCCCCCUGCGCCACCCCCGCCAGGGCUGUCGCCGCACGCCUCAGAGCCCCACCUGCCCCGUGCCGCGCCGCCCCCAGCGCCCCCCCAGCCCCGCUCGCCCCAGCGUGAGCCGCAGCGCGUGUCCCACGAGCAGUUCCGAGCCGCCCUGCAGAUGGUGGUGGACCCCGGCGACCCCCGCACCUACCUGGACAACUUCAUCAAGAUCGGCGAGGGCUCCACUGGCAUCGUCUGCCUGGCCACAGUGCGCAGCUCUGGCAAGCUGGUGGCUGUCAAGAAGAUGGACCUGCGCAAGCAGCAGCGCCGUGAGCUGCUCUUCAAUGAGGUGGUGAUCAUGCGGGACUACCAGCACGAGAACGUGGUGGAGAUGUACAACAGCUACCUGGUGGGCGACGAGCUCUGGGUCGUCAUGGAGUUCCUGGAGGGCGGCGCCCUCACCGACAUCGUCACCCACACCAGGAUGAACGAGGAGCAGAUCGCGGCCGUGUGCCAGGCCGUGCUGCGGGCGCUGUCCGUGCUGCACGCGCAGGGCGUCAUCCACCGCGACAUCAAGAGCGACUCCAUCCUGCUCACCCACGACGGCCGAGUGAAGCUGUCGGACUUCGGGUUCUGCGCCCAGGUGAACAAGGAGGUGCCGCGCCGCAAGUCCCUGGUGGGCACCCCCUACUGGAUGGCGCCCGAGCUCAUCUCCCGCCUGCCCUAUGGCCCUGAGGUGGACAUCUGGUCGCUGGGGGUGAUGGUGAUGGAGAUGGUGGACGGGGAACCCCCCUACUUCAACGAGCCGCCGCUCAAGGCCAUGAAGAUGAUCCGUGACAGCCCCCCCCCGCGGCUCAAGAAUGCCCACAAGGUGUCCCCGCUGCUGAAGGGCUUCCUGGAGCGCCUGCUGGUGCGGGAGCCGGCGGCACGAGCCACGGCAGGCGAGCUGCUGUCCCACCCCUUCCUGGCCAAGGCCGGGCCACCGGCUGCCAUCGUCCCCCUCAUGCGCCAGCACCGGCUGCGAUGAGCUGCCUGCCGCCGCCGCGCACCAAAGACCGGGGUGGGGGGGCCAUGGACCCCCCCUGCCCAGCCUGGCCACGGGGCCCACGGACCGGACUGACUGUGCCACUACUGUCCCGGCCACGGGAGGGCUCCCUGCCCCCGCCCCGUGGCCCCUACUACUGAGCUGGGGGGUAUUAUGGCCCCCCCCUUUUUUAGACACCCAAAGGGGUGAAUCUGGGCCUGGGAGGGGGUUAACUCAGCCUGCUCCUCCCCCGUGACCCCUCCCCCAUGGGGCUGGGUGUGUGUGGGGGGGGUCCAGGCAAGGGGCAUCUGUGUUGACCCCCCCCGAAGGGCUCCGAUCCUGGAGACCAGCACAAUGAUGGGGGGGGUGUGGUGCACCUGCCUCAGCUCCCUCCCUUUCCUGACCCCCCCUCCAGGGGGGGCCACACCAGCCCCCACCUACCACACUACUGCCUUGCACCCCGCCUGGGCCCGAUCCUGACCCCACUGCUCCCCCCCCUCACCCCUGGGAUUCGCUCCGGGGCCGGGGCUGGGACCCCAGAGCUUGCCCAGGAGGACACUACUGAGGGGGAGCCGGGGGGGGGGGGGACAACCGCUAUUUAUACGGGGCUUUUGUAACACUGCAGUUCGGGGGUGUCCGGCCCCCGGCCCAGCCGCGAGCUGAGCCCUGGGCGGGGCUGGGCCGGACUCUGUCCUGAUCGGGUCCAGGUCAGUUUUACUAUUAAAGGGUUUUUUCGUUUUGGA